UAGAUUGUCUAUAUAUGAUCCUCUACAUGGUUGUAUGUAACAUAUAUAGUCUAGUAUAUGAUCGCUUUGUUGAACGGGGCCGCUUUACGUAAUAUUAAAUUUCUAAACUGUUUGCACAUCAGCUAUGUUACAUGCAUUGAAUGUUACAAAUACCAUCUUGACACAAACAGUAGAAAACGGGUUAGUGGGUCGUUACAGAAAUCAGAUUAAAUCUAAUCACCUGCUGUCGUACACGAAGGCGCCAUCAUGACCCGAUCGUGCCAUUUGACCAUUCUUCUGUUAGGUAUUCCUCUGGGUCUGCCUGCCUGGACGCCCAAGCUCUUGACUCCAGGAGAGUUCCUAGACUAUUACAUCAACGCCGCAGCUCUCAGCUACUUCGUGAACAUCAAGCAAUGCACCAACGACAUCUACAGCAACAUUACGAUGUAUUCGUAUGGGGAUGUCAUCACCAAUGGCUACGUGACCAGUUACCCUACUGGAAAGUUCAUCUUGACGUACAGCUCAGACAGGGAGGUCGACGGGAGGCACCUCAAUCUAACUGGUCCUGCUAUCAGGUCAACAGGCAUUGCCCUUGACGACUCACCAGAUGUGCUUGUGGGUAUGAACGACAUCAAUCCCGCUACCGGAAGCGUAAUGGACCAAUCACAAGUUGUCUGCAAAAACGAGGGAAACGACCAAGGGGGUUUUCAGUUGUUUGCUCAGACGCCUAAAGGAACUCUACUGACGACGUUGAAAGAUGUUCAGAUGUCGCUUAUGACUGGGGAGAUUGUGUAUUACGUCUUUGAUAUCUACCACUGCGUACCUGUACAACCAUUGGAUGCCAAACAGUACUACGCUGGAAGAAUCGUAGAUUUUCGGAUCAACAAGAAGGGAGCAAUGGUAUUUUCGGAUCGCCUCCUUGGCCUGGGGUUCAUUACAGUCUUCAAUGUUGAGCUGACGUCCGAAACUAACGUCACAAUUGACAUGUACAUGUACUCGCGACAAACAUCGGAGUCAACCCAUUUGGCCAACAAAAAAUGCAUAUAUGGAGAUACACUUAAAAUCUACAAACAUGCUCAGUAAAGUAAGUGUUUCUGUUCACAAAUCAGUUGAUAGACCAAUAAAAUUACUGCAGUUUGUCCCAA